GUGCUUCUUCGCUCAACCUUCCCGACUCAAGAUACCAGCCAACACCAGCUGCAAAUCAGCUUUGUCGGGGAUCAGAUAUGGCCGGUAAAGGCCCACAUUGUUCAUUCGUUCUUCUUGCCGAGUUCGACAUUGAUAGUGGUGCCCAGCUCACAUACCAAUUUCCUCAGCCGCUGGGAACAGACGAGGGUUUACUCGCCAAUCUUAUGCUUCCGGAUGGUGCAGAGAGGCACCUCGAGGAUUGGACGAUCUUCUUCCUCAACCAGACGCCGUUUAAUACCAUUGCUCCAGUUCUUGCUUUGGAAACAGAAUCGAAUGACAAUCAGUCAAAUGGAGAGGAUGGCCAUCCGGACCUACUGUAUGUCCUCAACCUGGUGCGGACGAAGCAUGACAAGUCAGUUCGGAGAGGUGCCGUAGUGAAAGCGAUGGCUAUUUGCACGCGACAUCCAUUCAUCCAAAUCUUCAAGCCUGUUCUCCUGCUCGCACUUGAUGACUAUUUUGCAAAUCCAUCCCAAGAAUGUCUUGCGCGUUUAUUUGAUGCGAUCAACUCAAUGAAUAUUAGUGCUGCUCCUGCACUUACACGAUCUGAAAAGGUAAUCAUGCGCGCCUCAGAACGUAAAGACAUCUUUGCGGAGAAGUUCUCCUUUCAUGCACCCCCGCUUCCUCCCAAAGCUGCACACAAGACGACGGGCUCGAAUGGCUCACAUUCAUCCGAAGACGGGAUUCUCAUUGGUCGCGCACGCUCUACAACAGCUGCCUCUGAUCCUAACCCCACGCACCCGCCCUCUCCGUCGGACACCUCAUUCAGCCUUGGGGGAAGUGCGGUAUGGGUGAAUGAUGACAGCGUCAUAAUUGAUAGCCAAGUAGGUGUUGCAAUAGGUGCAGGCCCAGGAAGUGUCGGUGGUGCUUCAGUGAGCGGUAACAGUGCCCUUACUAGCCGCGGGCGGCGUAGCACCGAUGCAAGCUCGAACUCGAGCCACGCUUAUAGCGGUGGCGCAAUACCCACAUCAUCUGACCCACAUUUGCGGUCGGGGAUAUCCAAGGAUACCCAUUUUUUUCAAACUAGCAUUGCAUACAAAGGACAUACCCUGCCAAUCAAGCUACCUCUGGCCACCUUUCCUGAGGAAGUCGGAGAGUAUUCCUUAAUUCAACUAAUACAAACAUUUUCUACGCCUCUCAUCACAAUCUCCGGACCACUACAUCCUCAUCUACACACGAAUGGAAGUCUUACACACCCGAUAAUUAUUCUCUUUAACGCACUUGUUACUGGCAAACGCAUCCUCUUCUUAGGGCACAACAUCCCUGCUGGACAGGUUGCCAAUUACGUCCUGUCUGCUUGUGCCCUUGGCUCUGGAUGCGGUGCGGUACUACGAGGAUUUAUCGAGCGCGCAUUCCCUUAUGCAGGACUUGCUGGCGGCGAGGACUGGGUCUCAACGCCGGCAUACAUUGCAGGCGUAACCAAUCCUAUCUUCGAAACCAGUGGCUCCUGGGAUCUUUUGAUGGACAUCGGCACAGCUCGCGUUGUCGUGCACAAGGACAUCCAUCUAUCUUUCCCACCGACGACGGCCCCGCCUGCACUCGUCAACCCAAUGAUGCCACGUCCAAUAAAGGUGGAAAACUCGGUCGGGAGCGAGGAUGACAUACAGCGUAUUGCGACUCGGGAUGGGAAGGAGGGGCAGAAGAGCGAGUUCGCAGCGAAGCCCGACAGCUUGGAUAACGUGUUUAUCGAAGAUCUAAUUUCGGCGAUCACCUCGCACUUUGGGGAGACACUGGUGCGGAUGCGAUUUACGGAGUAUGUCGCGCGCUUCGUUCGGCUGGCGUCGCGGUACGAGGAGGUUGCUGCGGGGUCGACGAAACUUGGAUAUGCUAGCGCGCCAUUUGCUGACGGAUCCUUGGGCAGUGGUAUCGUGUUUCCGGACGAGGCAGCUGCAUUUAAGGAGCUCGCUAUGAACUCAAGUCGGAUUGAGGGUUGGCGAAGGAGCAAGUCAUAUCAGUACUGCGUUCAGGAUUUCAGGAAAUCCCGGGCAACCGCUGCCAUACAGGGGUUCGACCUAUCGCAUCAACUUUCAAGAUUGCGGUUGAUGAAGAACUUACCUGAUGUGGAAGUUGAGCUCAUCGUUCGUUCAAUAACAGACAACUUGCGGAAAUACGAACAAGUAAUUGAACUCCUCGCCUAUAUGCCACCACACGCUGGAGGAUUACAGCCUCUGAGUUUUUGCCUGUUCCACCAGCAGGAUUCUAUUCGGGAAGCCACUGUUGAUAUUUUCAACGAGCUGCGUCAGUAUCCCGUGGGGGUCAUUUUUCUGCAAGCUCUUAAUCACUUCCAGAGGUAUGCCUACGUUCGGCAGGCGCACGCCCGUGAAUCACGCAUGAAGGACCCGAACCAUGGUCUGGCACUGCCCCCUCACAUGACAUCACGAACACCGUCCAACCGCAGUGAAGUCAGUCUAGGAGGGAUAUGA